UAUCCAUCAAUCAGAAUUUUGAUCAUUCGUAUUCGUCUACAAAGUUCACGUUGAGUUUCUGAGAUCUGUGAUUAAUUAAAAUUGUUAAUGGUUUCUAGUGUUUAUUGUAAUAGUAUUUGCUUGAAUACCUUUAUUUCAUCAUGGGUAAAGCGAAGAAGGGAAAGAAGUUAGACCAUGAGGAAGAAGUUGAUGGAGAUGAUAUUGAAGUUCCUGAAGAUGUCAGUGCCAACAAAACAAAGGAAACGAAAGGGAAAACAAAAGGUAAAACUGAAGACGUGGAGAACAAUCUGAUUGAAGAUGAGGACGACGUGCAGAGCAAAAAGAAGAAAGUAAAGAAAGAGAAAAAGAAGAAAGGUGAUGAUGAUGAUUACAAUGAGGACGUGAAUGAGGUUUCAACAAAACUCCAGGAAAUUUCAACAAAGGGAAAAAAGGAAAAGUUGAAGAAAAAAGGAUCUGUUGAGUCUGAAGAUGAAGACGGUGCUGAGGAAGGAAAAAAAGUCUCUAAAAAGGAUACUGAAAAGAAGAAAAAGAAGAAGAACAAGAAUGACUCUGAUAGUGAUAGUGAAAUUGUAUCUGAAGUGCGGACUAACAAAGGUGCUAAAAAACCGGGUUUUGCAUUGUUAGCAGUGUCUGAUGAAGAGGAGGACAAGCCAGAAAUAGAUGUUAAAGAAGAUUCGGAAAGUGAAGUAGUAGUAGAAAGGACUAAAGUGAGUAAAAAGGAGAAGGAUAAGAGUGGUAAGAAAGGCAAAAAGAAGAAGAAAGAUGAGGAGGAUGAUGAAGAUAUCGAAAAAAUGUUGGCGGAGUUACAGAUUGAAUACUCAGGAGGUGUUGUGCCAAAAGAAGAAAGCGUUGAAAAAGAAGCUCCAGUGAAUGAAGAAGUAGAAGAUAAAAAGAAGAAGAAGAAAAAGAAGAAGACGGAGAAGGAUGUUGACGAGGAAAAGAUUGAAGAAACAAAAGAUGAGGGUGAUGGUGAUAAUUUUGAAGGCGGCACUGUUAAGACUGCUGCUCAGAAGAAAAAAGAGAAGAAAGAAAGGGAGAAACAAAAGAAAUCAGAAGCUAAGAAAAAGGAAUUUACUGAGAAGAAAGAUGUUGAUGAGGCACCUGAGGUUGAGGAGGACCAUCCACCUGCACCUAUAGAGCCAGAGGAGGACAAGGCUGAAGGAGAAGAUGACGAUGACAAAAAGAAGAAGAAGAAAAAGAAGAAGGGUGAAAAAGAAGAGAAAGAUUCAAAGGAUAAAAAGGGGCCCAGUAAGAAAGCACUGGCGGCGAUGAAAGAAGCUCUGCAGAAAUUAAAAGAGGAAGAAGAAAAAGCGAAAAAAGAGGAAGAGGAAAGGUUGAGAAAAUUAGAAGAAGCUGAAAAGCGUAGAGAGGAGCAAUUAAGAUUAGAACAAGAGAGAAAAGAGAAGAAGAAGCAACGAGAGAAGGAGAGGAAAGAAAGACUGAAAGCAGAGGGGAAACUCCUGACGUCAAAACAGAAGGCAGAUAGAGCAAGAGCUCAGGCGACUCUGGAGGCACUGAAGGCUCAGGGGCUGGACGUACCCGAUGCGACUGUGGAACGCAAACCCAGACCAGGCACCAGGAUACGACCUAAGAAGGCCAAACCUGAACCUACAACCCCAGAGCUAGUUCCUGACACACCGCAACUGGAGCAACCAGAGCAGCCCGUGGUGGAGGUCCAGAUAGUGGAUCCUGUGAAGGAAGAACCAGUCAAGCAGGAGGAGGAAGAAGACACUGUGAAGGAUUCCUGGGAUUUGGAAUCAUCGGAAGAUGAAGAUGAAGAAAAGUCUGAAGAAGCUGUGAAACCAUCUGGACCACCGCCACCGACUGCUAAAACCACACAGCCAGAGGCAGAUGAUGAUGACGAAGACGAGGAUGAUGAAGAUGAAGACGAUGAAAGCUCUGAGGAAGAAUCGAGCUCUGAGGAGGAAAGUGAUGAUAGUUCUGAAGAAGAAGACGAGGAGGAAAAGAAAACGGAUGCGCAGCGUAAACGUGAAAAGGCUCUAGCCAGGAUACAAAAAAGACGUGAGGACGCUGAAAAGAAGAAGAGUUUGGAUGAGUUACGAGCAGCUGUCGUGUGUGUAUUAGGACACGUAGACACGGGUAAGACCAAGAUCCUGGACAAGUUGAGGAGGACGAACGUACAGGACGGUGAGGCGGGCGGUAUCACUCAACAGAUCGGAGCCACCAACGUGCCCAUCGAUGCGAUCAAAGAGAACACUAAAUAUGUUAAAGGGUUUGCAGAGUUUGAACUGAAAGUGCCCGGGCUGCUGAUCAUUGACACGCCAGGUCACGAGAGUUUCAGCAACCUUCGUAACCGAGGCUCGUCCCUUUGUGACAUUGCCAUUCUUGUGGUGGACAUCAUGCACGGUCUCGAGCCCCAGACCAUCGAGUCUAUAAAUCUCCUCAAAACAAAGAAAACACCCUUUGUCGUCGCCCUCAAUAAAAUUGACAGGCUGUACGACUGGAACACUAUGGCUCGCAGAGACGUGAGGGACAUCAUCAAGAGCCAGGCAGCCAACACACAGCUGGAGUUUGAACAGAGGACAAAGGAAGUGGUGCUUCAAUUUGCAGAACAGGGUCUGAACGCGGCUCUGUUCUACGACAACCCAGAUCCUCGCAGUUACGUAUCACUGGUACCAACAUCAGCCAUCACCGGUGAGGGCAUGGGCAACCUUCUGGCUCUCAUCGUGCAGAACUGCCAGACCAUGCUGGCCAAACGCCUCAUGUUCUGUGAGGAACUUCAGGCUACAGUACUGGAAGUGAAGGCCAUCCCUGGGCUGGGAACAACGAUAGACGCUAUUUUGGUCAAUGGCUACCUGCGAGAGGGUGACACCAUGAUCCUGGCAGGCACGGACGGUCCAGUUGUCACUCAGAUACGCUCACUACUCAUGCCCCAACCUAUGAAGGAGCUUAGGGUUAAGAAUGCCUACAUAGAGCAUAAAGAAAUCAAAGCCGCUCAGGGAGUGAAGAUAGCUGCUAAGGAUCUGGAGAAAGCUAUUGCAGGUCUGAACCUGCAAGUGGCCCAGAAGCCGGACGAGGUGGAGAUCCUGCGUGAUGAAGUGGCCAAAGAGCUCAAGAGUGCGCUCAGUGGGAUCAAGCUGAGCGAACGAGGAGUGUACGUCCAAGCAUCUACACUCGGCUCUCUGGAGGCUCUGCUGGAGUUCUUGCGCACGUCCAAGAUACCGUACUCCAACAUCAGGAUCGGGCCUGUUGUCAAGAAGGACGUCAUGAAGGCAUCAACCAUGCUUGAGCACGAGAGCCAAUACGCAACGAUCCUUGCGUUUGACGUGAAGGUUGAGCGAGAUGCACAAGAGCUGGCUGACACGUUGGGAGUGAAGAUAUUCCAGGCAGACAUCAUCUACCACCUGUUCGACAAAUUCAUGGCCUAUCGUGAAGAGCUCAAACAGAAGAAACGAGACGAGUUCAAACACAUCGCCGUCUUCCCUUGCAAGCUCAAAGUGCUACCACAGUUUGUGUUCAAUUCCCGAGACCCUAUCGUGAUGGGUGUGAUGGUGGAGGCCGGCAUAAUCAAGGAGGGUACUCCGAUCUGUGUGCCAAGCAAAGAGUUCGUGGAGCUGGGCGUGGUGACCAGUAUCGAGAACAAUCACAAGUCUGUGGAGAGCGCAAGGAAGGGCCAAGAGGUCUGCAUAAAGAUAGAACCCAUCCCCGGCGAGGCGCCUAAAAUGUUCGGUAGACACUUCGAUGAAAAAGACUUCCUGAUUAGUAAGAUAAGUCGACAAUCAAUAGACGCCUGCAAGGACUACUUCAGAGACGACUUGCUCAAGACUGACUGGCAACUCAUGGUUGAGCUCAAGAAGCUCUUCCAGAUCCUUUAAUACCAGGUAUGGAAGGACGUCUGGCUGAUGGCUCGUGCAAUGAUGGCUGCGUGUCCCGACACCCCACGCGUGCGUCGAAACCUCCUUCACUUAUUUUAUAGAUUUAUUUCUAUAUUUUUGCGACCAAUUGUAUUCAAGAGUUUGCAUCUCAUAGAUAUGCGACAAAACCACUUUUUAUAUAUAUUGUAUUUAUUUUUGUUAAAUAUAUUUGUCGAGUUAUAUUUGAAUUCCGAUACCUUGCGAAUGGAGUUUGUGGAAUAGGAUCGCGUGGCCGCGCGCGUACGCGGUUUUGUGUUGCCAAGCAAAGAUCUGCACAGAUAAAUCGCAUAUAAUCUAUGAAUAAAAUAUUCUAUUUGGCAUAAAAUCUUGAAAGUGUUUGUUAAAAUGUUUUUAACAGAAGUAAUUAAUCGGUUGUUUACUAACAUAAGAAACUAUAUGUUGGGGUUAAGUGGAUCAAUAAAUAAGCUGAUAUCUGAA